GCAUCCUUCCGCCUCUCCUCGGUCUCCAUUUCUUUGAAAGGACGCUGGGAAUAGAGUGUUGCAAUCCGAUGAAGAAUAAGUUGAGGUCAUGUUUGGGUUCGAGAUUAUUUUAUUCAUGCAGCAUUGCGACGCUUUAGAGACCACAGCUGUUGCCUCAGCAGUGGACCAUUGGUUAGUAGCUGGAGUGUGACAGACGGUAUGUGGCGGGAGGUGAAGGAGGUUCACGAGGCUUUGGGAUUGGUUUGUUUGGAAUUGCGAGGGAUGCGCAAGCUCCUUCUUCUCUCGAGUUGGUGUUGAAUCAACCAGGCGAAGGAUCCGUGUGGUAAAACCUCUCGGAUAGGUACUUGCGUGUUAUUAAAUGUCGGACGGAGAAAGUGAUUGGAUUGAGUGUGCACGUGAAUUCUUGUGAGAAGGCGUUUAGGAGGAAGAGGGUGAUGUUUUUUUUUCUUUUUUGGAGCAGUUUGACAGAGAAUAUUUGCAAGCUUCUAUCGUGCGUAGUGUGAAGGAUCUCAGUGCCGAGAUAGCUACUCAGUGGAUGCUCUUGGGGCGAAGAGAAACCGACGAUGCGGUCGAAGGGUUUGUGACAGUUUUUAGUGGUUCAUCCAUCAAUUGCUAGAAAGUUAUGUUCUGAAAGGAUUGAAGCUGAGCUACCUCGAUUUAAUUUGGAGAAAAAGUAUUGUAGGGUGUGCCGUUCGAGAUGAUGGGAUCCUUCAUUACACGGGCGAUCAUCAUGGUACUUGGGUACAUUUAUCCAGCUUAUGAAUGUUAUAAGAUAGUGGAGAGGAAAAGGCCAGAUCCAGAGUAUCUGCGAUUCUGGUGCCAAUACUGGGUGAUAAUUGCAGUGGUGACUGUUGUAGAAAGAUUUGCAGACGCCUUAAUUUCCUGGGUUCCUUUGUACAGUGAAGCAAAGCUCGCUUUCAUCAUUUAUCUUUGGUAUCCACAGACAAUGGGAACAACAUAUGUAUACAAUAUGCUUUUAAGACCUUUAGUGGCUCAACACGAGCUAGAAAUUGAUAGGAAUUUGAAUGAGUUAAGGACCAGAGCUGGUGAUGUAGUACUUCAGUGGUGGCAAAGAGGAUCAGUACAUGCACAAGCCCGAUUUUCUGAGCUGCUUCAAUUUCUCGCAAUGCAGUCUAAUGGUUCUCAGCAAAGAUCAUUUCCAAAUCAAGGUGUCCCUCAAGGUCCAGCUCGGGCUCCCGCUCAGGGCCAUUCUCGAGAGUAUCCACAGGGAAAUUCUCCGUUGUAUCCCCAACCUGCUGCAGGUUUUCCUAUUGACAGCUCUUAUCCUCCACCUGAGGUAAGGUCUCAUCAUGAGACUGCUCCCUAUCCCUCAUCGCAAGGUGCUCAAGCUGGUCAGGAACUAUACCCGCCUAUACCGCCCUAUUCUCAGCCACGACGUCCAUAUCGUUCUGCUUUAUCUGAUGGUGAGGGAAACUUCGACAUCCCUGAAGUGAAGCACAGAGUUCCUUUCUCACGAAUGGGUUAAUCGUUCUGGUCAAUCAGCUGAAGAACAAUCUGUACCCUCACAUGUACAUAACACAGGGAUUUGCCAGCGGGGUAAUAGUCCCUGGUGAGAGACUGUUCCUAUGUAUAUUACCCAAAUUUUGGGAAUUGUGGAAACCUGUCUCAUCAUGAUUCACAAUUCUAGAUCUCCAGCGAAACUCUUGCACUUUUUGCUCUUAAUUUGGUGUGGCAAGAUAACCCUUGCCUAGAAAUAAAAAAAUGCACUUCGUUGGCUAAAAAGCCAGUUAUAGAUGAUUUAGAACUCUGUGGUUUUGGUUAUGAGAGAUACUCAUGAGAGAGUUGGUUUGGUGAGGUUCGUGAAGGGGAAUAGACAACCAGUCAGUUCAACUGUUGCUGCAAUUGGUCUUCUGUACUUUCUAAUAAUAGGUCCCUGUUGAGCAUAUGUGACAUUUUCCAACCUCAUCAAAUGAUUGUGUCCACAAAUUAUAUCAGUCAA